UUUUAUUCCACACAAUUCAGGCCGGAAGUGUUUUCUUGUUGUGCGGAACCCGGUUGGCUUGACUGGCCCUCAGGAGCAGCAGCGAUUGUAUAAGCGGGUGGGAGCGAGGAGGAAGUGAGCGGCUGGAUGCUGGGAUUAAACAAAGACACCUGACCCGAUUCACUUGGCUUUAUCACCGGGUGCUGCAGGCGGGUCCGUGCACGCUGCCUCUGCCCGAAGCCCCGCUGCUCCUCACUUGAUCCCCUUGUGUUUUGUCGGGUUUUCCUUUCGGCGGAUGCGAAGGGCCAGCUGUGCUCUGUAGCGUUACGUACCGUGGAAACAUCCAUCAUCUGCUGUCACACCGCAAAUUAAUCUUCAUAGUUACGACCUACAAACACGCGUGCGGGGCAGACGCUGCUGUCUUUCUUCCUUCUUCAGAGGUUUGGGUCAACGACCAAACGUCGCUGGGAUUAGCUGUUUCUCCUGUGCAUAUCUAAGGCUGUUGUUUUGCUGUACGUUGUGUUUCGUUGCGCGCUGCUGUGCGGUCAUGUAGGCAUCUAUGGACCAUCAGAUGUUAAACCGCACAUCGUAUAUUAUGGGCAUCAUCAUUUAGCUACUGUUACUGUGGGCUCAGUCUGUUGUGACCUGCUUGAUAUUCACUUCACUUUUAAGGAUGCGCUGUGGCUCCAGCUGCAGCUCCACAUCUGUCUGUGUGUACGGUUGCUAUGUUGGAGAUAUUCUACCUCCAUACUGUUCCCAGACUUUAAAGGGCCCAAACCAAAUACGGGAUUUUUAAGAAACUGUAAAUGAAAAUAAAAUCAGUUGAUGUAAAAAUAUAAACUGUAUAGCCUACAAACACAGUAUACAAAUUACUUAAGUAGCCUAAAUAAGAGCCUAAUAAAAAUACAUUUGAGAUUAGGGCAGCUUUUAUAAAGCCUCUAAAUGUUAUAGUUUUAACCCCCCCAUGUUCAUAACUAUUGUAAAGAACUUUCCUCUUAACUUUUCUGGCUUAUUAUUAAACAAAAAUUCAACAAUCUUUUGUUCAUAAAUCUUGAUAAAUGCCUGUCCUGGCAACUGUCAGUGAGCUAAAUAAUGAAACUUUUCCAUAAAGGGUUACUAUUUUACUUUUCCAUGGUUGUACAAUCUUGUCUUUUGCAACUUUGUCUCCUAAUUUAUUGCAGAAAGGCCAUGUAGCUUUUCAGGGAUCAUACUUCCCAAACAUUAAUUUGGUUAUCUGUCCAUGUAAUAGAUAACCUACUAGAAAAUUUAAAAUGUGUGCCUUUUAAUGCACCAGUUCUAAGGAUAUUACACUUUCAUAAUUUGGUAAUACUGUAAAUUAUCAAUUUUUGGACUUAUUAAGAAGUUUGCAUCAUCUGCAUACAUAGAAAUAUUUGCUUCUAUACCAGGCCUACCUCUUACUGUAAUGGUGAAUAUUUCUAUACCCAUUAUAAAUAAAUAUGGAGACAAUGGUCAAGCUCGUGUUACUCACCUUAAUGCAGACUGUUGAUCCUGGCUCACCUGUGUUUGUUGUUCUCUCCUCAGUCCUGUCAGUUGGUGUGAUGGCUGUGUUGUUAGUGCUUCUGCUCUCUGUGCUGCUCCUGUCCAUCCACACUAGUCAAGCUUCUCCUUCUUGCCCCGUGAGCUGUCGCUGCUAUAGCCUCACUGUGGAGUGUGGCUCUACUGGCUUGAGGGACAUCCCCAAACAUGUCCCUUCAUCCACACAGACCAUCUUCCUUCAGGACAAUGUGAUUGGUCAGAUCCGUCGUCAGGACCUCACUCUGCUGAGGCACCUGCACUACUUGUACCUGCAGAACAAUACCAUCUCAGCAGUGGAGCCCGGCUCCUUCCAGAACCAGGGUCAGUUGUUGGAGCUGGCUCUGAACGGGAACCGGAUCCACCUCGUAACAGCUGACAUGUUUCAGGGACUCGAACAUCUCCGCAUUCUUUACCUGGCAGGAAAUGACAUCACACGUCUGCUUGACUAUACCUUUCGUGGCUUACAGCGUCUGCAGGAGCUCCAUUUGCAGCACAACAGUAUAGAGAUGUUAGCAGACCAGGCUCUAGUUGGCUUGACGUCUCUGGCCCUGCUGGACUUGAGCAGGAACAAUCUUCACACCAUUGGCCCUGCAUCCCUGCGACCUCUGGUCAGCCUACAGGUGCUACGUAUCACAGACAAUCCAUGGCGCUGUGACUGUGCUCUCCACUGGCUGAGGAGCUGGAUUGAUGAGGCUGGCCAGCGGCUGCUCAGCUCUGCAGAACGUCGGAUGGUCUGCAAUGAGCCGCCACGCCUCUCGCACCUCAGCCUAGUGGAAGUCCCCCUCAACAGCCUGGUUUGCAUCCCUCCCCUGGUGCAGCUGGAGCCAAGGAGGCUAGCGGUGCGUCUGGGAGAGAGCCUCAGGGUGUCCUGCCAUGCCUCUGGUUACCCUCGACCACAGGUGACAUGGAGGAAGGCAUCCCAGGGUAAAGUGGUGCUUUCUCCCAGAGGUCUGGUUCAGGAGCUGGGGGCUGGAGGAGUUGGAGUGGGUGGAGCAGAGGAACCCUCAGAAGAAAGCAGAAUCAGUCUGCAGAAGACCGAUGGAGAGCGCUUUGACCCUGACACUGGCAGUGGCAUGCUGUUUCUCAGUAAUGUGACUGUGGCUCAUGCAGGUUUUUAUGAAUGUGAAGCCUGGAAUGCAGGGGGUGUGGCCAGGGUCACCUUCCAGCUUGCCAUUAACUCAUCAACUUCUUCCUCCUCAUCUUCCUCUUCCAUCUGGGCCUCGUGGUCCCAGGUGUCUUCACCAUACUCCCCCACUUGGCCCCGGCUGAGGAACCAUGGCCCUGCUCUGGGCUCAGAUGUGAGCCGGGAGCCCCUUUAUGCUCUGGGCAGCAUGGCCUUCAGUGCUCUGGGAGCUGCCACUCAGACCGCCAUUGCUGUGGGCAUCUCCCUGCUGGCUCUGACCGCUCUGCUGUUGGUCGCCAUGAUCUACAGCCGACAUCAGCAACGAGAUAAGGAGGCUGAUGGAGCUGAGAAGGAAGAGAGCAUCCUGUAUGUCAAUGACUACUCUGAUGGCCCCACCACAUUCGCCCAGCUGGAGGAGUACCGUGAUGAGCGCGGCCAUGAGAUGUAUGUCCUCAAUAGGUCAAAGCCAGUUUUGCCACCUGCUCCACCCACAGCUGUCUCCACCACUAACCUGGGUUGCACUGCUCCAUCUGACACCUCCAGCCACACCCUCUCCUCAGGGCUUGGCCAGGCCAUGAGUCCCACGCUGGCCCCCACCAAACAACAGCAACAGCAGGAGGGCGAUAUACGGACCAUGAGGAGAAUGGCAGGGGAGGGAGGGGAGGCCGAACCUGUGAUCACAUCAGAGGCUGAAGGGAUGUUUCUUAACCACACAGGCCUGUUCUUGGACUCUCAGAUUGCCUAUGAGAUCCACUGCUAAAGGGGGGAGAGACUCCACUGCAAUACAGAGGAUUUGUGUGUGUGAAAGCCCGUCACAUCUUAUCUGAAGGAAGUCAGGGUUCCACUAUCAAAAUCUGCCUGACAGAAGUACUCAUCCCUGUAGAAGGAUUUACUUUCCCCUGACUCGUCCACAGUGAUGGAGGCUUAUUAGAGAAGACCUCACAAUUUGGUUUACAUUAAUAGCACUGAGGCUUUUCAGUGGAUGUACUGUGACCCUCCAUGUCAAAAUGUCAGUGGUAAUGGCCAUCCAAAGUCCCUAAACUCAAAGACACUGUUUGGUGGACUCGGGUAUAAACUGAGUUGCACACAACUAAACUGACCUGUACAUGAACAUCUAGGUCAGUGUCGGUUUGCUGUAAAAGCGUUAACACUUGUGCUCUGAAGAACUCAGACAAAGCUCACUGGUUAUUUGCAGGUGAGUAUAACAAAAGGGGGAAGUCCUCUAAUCUUCCAGUUCAUGAGUAUGUGGGGACCCUUAUGUGGUUUGUAUGAUUUAAUUUAAUAUCAGACUGUGAAGGCAGUACAGUGAUGGGGACAGCAAGAGCUGAAUUUUCUAAUUAUUUAUUUAAAAGCGUGGGAACAUGUUAAUCAUCACAGAGAAAUGAUUGUGAAGAAAAAUGUAUUUUCAGUCUAACUCUUAAUCUCCCAAUAUCUGUCAUACUGAUCAGUACUGAUUAACAGUAAAAGAUAAGCGCAAGUUCACAUGAAAGAGGCAAAGUUCUUAAUUAGUGGUCAAUCACAUGCACUAAUAAUAAAUAAAGAGCAAGUAUUUAAUAUGAGAUAAACUGGUAACACAGUGGGGAAAUUAGGCUUUUAUGGUGGCAUACAGUAUCAUUCAGCAAACAAUGUAGAAUAUAAUCAAACAACUAAAAUAUAAUAAGAGGCUAUAUAAAGAAAUAGAACUUACAGUAUAAAAAUGAAGCCAGUAUAUUUUAUAUUUUUGGAUAGGAUGAACAAAUUGUUAUGAAUUAGAAAUUUCAAAACAGUACUGUUUCUGCUGCUAAAUCAGAGAGAAUAUGUACAGAUUGUCUACAUGAAUAAAGGCUUGUAGAAUAGAAUUAAUGCCUAAUAAGUGUCUGGAUUAUUUUUUCCCUCCAAAGGGAUAUACGUAGCAGGCAUAUGCUUUAUUCAGAAUCACAGUAAGUGAACCAAAACACUUCAGAAUGUUGCUUCAUUGACACUUAAUUGUAUGGUAAAUGCACUUUUAUCCCCUUGUCAAGAUCCUUUAGGAAUGAGAUGUGUUUGUGCUCAGGCUGUGUUCAGUGGUGGAAAAGAUCUGCUGAUCCUGACAGAGGAUCUUGUUGGGCAGUAGAAGUAACAUGAUGACACAUGCCUGCUGUGGAGGAUUUGUACUUUGAAGAUUCGGGGAAAGCAUCACCCAUCACCCAUAUCCCUGGCUUAAAGAUCUGAGGUAGAGACGAUCCCCAGUUUCAAGGCACCAUUUGUGGUUU